GCUAGGUGCCGCUGCAGCCCCGGUCCUGCACAGAAACACGGGGCAGCCUCCUUCCAGAAAACAAAACGACGAACAAUACUCCCUGAAACGUGUUAAUUAAACCCAGUUUCUGGCGAUGUUUUAAAAGCGGCUCACAUGAAGAACACCCAACACACAAGAAAUCCGCUUUCUUAGGAAAAAAACAUGAGCACGGUUAUCAGUCCCUCCUUGGUGUGGUUGUAAGUAUCAGGAUGCUGGAUAAAACCGAUGACCAGCAGCUGGAUAAAACCGAUGACCAGCAGCAGGAGGAGUCCAGGCUCUGCUCAGAGUGUGGGUGCAGUUUCAGCCCCCCACAGCUGGACUCCCACUCUGAUUCCGAAUCAGCUAAGCAGAAGCAGACAGACAGCAGAGAUGCUCCAUUCAAAUGUCCAUCCUGUGAGGCCGGAGGCAGCAGCAGUCCCCCUAACGGCCGGCGAGCCCACCGGCAUAUUCGACUGGACCCUCACAGCUGCAGCAUAUGCAACAAAACCUUCAUCUCAUCUGCCCACCUGAGUCUUCACCUCACCUCCCACAACAAAGAAAGGAAGUUCAGGUGUAACAUUUGCGGUAAGUUCUUCCAUCAGUCCUCCCACUUGAUGGCUCACAAGGUGAUCCACAGUGGAGAUAAACCAUUUAAAUGCCCAGAGUGUGGGAAGAACUUUGGGCGCGCCUCACACUUGAAGACCCACCGUCGACUGCACACAGGAGAGAAGCCUUUUAAAUGCACCUACUGCAGCAAGUCAUUCACCCAGAAGGCCGGGCUUCUGGCACACAUCCGACUCCACACUGGUGAGAGGCCCUACAAAUGUGAACAGUGUGGUGCGGGCUUCCGCUCUAUGUCCACCCUGCUCUCCCACAAGGCUCUGGAGGCCGCCGGACCUGUUCCUGCUGUCAUUUCUACACCUGCGCCUCCAGUCAUCAAGCCACACGAAGCGCAAAGCAACAUGGUGGAUCUUAAGUGCGGCGUCUGCUGCCGCACGUUUGUACGGUCUUCAUACAUCCGGCUUCACAUACGCCUAAAAAAAGGCCAGCGACCUUAUCACUGCAAAGUAUGCAACAAGACCUUCGUCAAGUUGGAAACGUUCGUGAACCACUGUGACAAACACUUGAAGCAGAAAAAGGAAAAAAAUUGUGUUAAAUACGAAGUUGUUAAGCCUCCACAGUUUGUUCCGCUCUCCAGGCCUUCUUCCCCAGAGAGCUUGCCCAAACAGGAGUUAACCUCGGAGAUGAACACACACGUCACAAUAAAAACUGAGCAUGAUGUUUAA